CGGCUCGUCGCUCGGCUGGUCGCGCCUGGCGGCCCGUUGUGCAGUGUCACGCCAUGAAGCAGGACGGCGCGUCCCGCCGCCGCGGCGACAAGGCCAAGGCACCCCCGGAGGGACCCCCGCCCGCGCCCCCCGACGUCGAGAUGCACGAGGAGGCGGCGCCGGCGGCCCCCGAGGCGGCCGGAGAGCGGCAGCCGCAGCGGGAGCUGGACGCGAUCACGCUGGAGGACAUCAAGGAGCACGUGAAGCAGCUGGAGAAGGCGGUGUCGGGGAAGGAGCCCCGCUACGUCCUGAGGGCUCUGCGGGCUCUGCCCUCCACCUCGCGCCGCCUCAACCCCAACGUGCUGCACAAGGCCAUCCACGGCUUCUUCACCUCCAACUGCGCCGUCAGGGACUUCCUGCUGGCGUUCCUGGAGGAGUCCAUGGACACAGAAGCUGAGCUGCAGUUCCGCCCACGGACGGGGAAAGCAGCCUCAGCCCCUCUCCUGCCAGAGGUGGAGGCUUACCUGCAGCUGCUGCUCGUCAUCUACCUGAUGAACAGCAAGAGGUACCCCGAGGCUCAGAAGGUGUCCGAUGACCUGAUGCAGAAGAUCAGCUCCCAGAACCGCCGGGCCCUGGACCUGGUGGUGGCCAAGUGCUACUAUUACCACUCCCGCAUCUACGAGUUCCUCAACAAACUCGACGUGGUCCGGAGCUUCCUGCACGCCCGGCUCCGCACGGCCACGCUGCGCCACGACGCCGACGGCCAGGCCACGCUGCUGAACCUGCUCCUGAGGAAUUACCUCCACUACAACCUCUACGACCAGGCCGAGAAACUCGUCUCCAAAUCCGUGUUCCCCGAGCAGGCCAACAACAACGAGUGGGCUCGGUACCUGUACUACACAGGGCGGAUCAAGGCCAUCCAGCUGGAGUACUCCGAGGCACGGCGCACCAUGACCAACGCCCUGCGCAAGGCCCCGCAGCACACGGCCGUGGGCUUCAAGCAGACGGUGCACAAGCUGCUCAUCGUGGUGGAGCUGCUCCUCGGGGAGAUCCCGGACAGGCUCCAGUUCCGGCAGCCCUCGCUCAAGCGCUCGCUCAUGCCCUACUUCCUGCUGACCCAGGCCGUCAGGACGGGCAACCUGGCCAAGUUCAACCAAGUCCUUGACCAGUUUGGGGACAAGUUCCAGGCCGAUGGCACCUACACCCUGAUCAUUCGGCUGAGGCACAACGUCAUCAAGACAGGUGUCCGCAUGAUCAGCCUCUCCUACUCCCGCAUCUCCCUGGCUGACAUCGCCCAGAAGCUGCAGCUGGACAGCCCCGAGGACGCCGAGUUCAUCGUUGCCAAGGCCAUCCGCGACGGCGUCAUCGAGGCCAGCAUCAACCACGAGAAGGGCUACGUGCAGUCCAAGGAGAUGAUCGACAUCUACUCCACGCGGGAGCCCCAGCUGGCCUUCCACCAGCGCAUCUCCUUCUGCCUCGACAUCCACAACAUGUCCGUCAAGGCCAUGAGGUUCCCACCCAAAUCUUACAACAAGGACUUGGAAUCUGCAGAGGAGCGCCGGGAGCGUGAGCAGCAGGACCUGGAGUUUGCCAAGGAGAUGGCAGAGGAUGAUGACGACGGUUUCCCGUGACCCUGGGCCCUGGCUGUACUUUUUUAUUUGUCCCUUGGACAGAUGGUGGCUGAGCAGGGCCCUCCGUCCCCCCCAGACCCCCUUUUAUAAAUCCCUGCAUGUCUGUACUGUGGGAGGGGACGCGGGGGGUUCCCUGGGCCCACACCCCCUGACCACCUGCACUUGUGGUGGGACCCCCUCCCCAAUAAACAUCCUUGAAAGGAUCCCUGUGGUGACAUCGGAGCCGGUGCCGGGGGGCUGCGAGGGGAGUGGGGCUGGAGGGAGCAGGAGUGGGGUCUCCACUGGUGCCCUCCCAGCUCCCACAACAGCAACGGGGUCAAACUUUGUUAAACUUCAAUUAUGACUUUUAAAAUAAAAGAUGGAAAAACACCAGC